UUUUAGAAACAUGCCUUCCUUAGAGACCGUAUUAUUUAGGGCAGCUGAGAUUACAACUAUAGUUGUAAUGGUAUAUUUCUUGAGCACCGUUAUCUCUGAUUUUGUAAAAGGGGACUCCCAUUAUGAAGUGCAUCUUGUUGAUGAUCCUGGACCAAUACAGUUUCCAGAGGUCACCAUUUGCCAACUUACAACAACAACUUCAUUUGCAACAUUCUUCACAAAUAUCGCUCUAGAAGAUGGAAACUAUCUUAAAACUGUACAGAGUUUUAAGAGAGUGCUGGAAGAGACCAUCAUAAACAAUGUGAGCAACCAUGUUCCAGAACUCUCGGAUGUUAUGGAUAUGUGCAGUUUUUUAGCAAGAGGAGAAAUCAAACUGUGUGCGGAUUCCAACGGAAAUUUUUUGUUGCCUAAUCCAUUUUUUCCAUUGCCAAAAUUCGAAGUCAAAGUACGUAAAGUUGACACACACUAUGGUCGGUGCUUCAGCUUAUCAACCAAUGAAAACGCGACACAAGAAGUAACGUCUGAGGGUAUGUCAUAUUAUAGGACUGGUCGUAAACAAACUGCAGGUUGUGAAAAUAAACAGAAGUUCUAG